AUGGAGCUCACAAGAAGGACAUUCUUGGCUCUCUUUCUGCUAGUGCUGCUCGGCUCAUCCAGUGCCAAGGUUGAAGAGGAGAACCCAGAGUUCUGGAGGUCACAGGCCAGGAAAACACUGCAGGCAGCACUGGACAGGAAGCUUAACACCAAUGUUGCUAAGAACAUCCUGUUUUUCCUUGGAGAUGGUAUGGAAAUCACAACCUACACAGCGGCUCGUUUGCUCAAAGGACAGCUGCAGAACCAGAAAGGGGAGGAGACAGUGAUGACCAUGGACACCUUUCCUAAUGUGGGGCUUGCCAAGACUUACAGUGUGGACUUCCAGAUUGCAGACAGUGCAGCCACAGCCACAGCGUACUUGUGUGGGGUGAAAACCAACCUGAACAUCAUUGGAGUGAACGCUGCGGCUCGCAACGGAAUCUGCAAAACUCAGAAGGGCAAUGAGGUCACGUCCAUCUUGAAGUGGGCCAAAGAUGCUGUUCUCAAAUGGUUUCUGUUUCUGGCAAGGAACACCUGGAGCCUCUUGCAGUUCUAUCACACCGAGUGUCUUCAGUCUUGCGCCCACAGUGCCAGCAGGAAGUGGUACAGUGAUGCUGAUAUGCCUGAUUCUGCCAAGAAAGAGGGCUGCAAAGACAUCGCAUUCCAGCUCAUCAACAACACAGACAUUGAUGUGAUCAUCGGUGGCGGUAGAAAGUACAUGACCCCUAUUGGUACCAAGGACCCAGAAUACCCCAUGGACUACUUUUCAAACGGCAAAAGAAAAGAUGGGCACAACCUGAUACAAGAGUGGCAGAACUUGAAAACUGGGAAGGUUGCCCACUAUGUGUGGAAUAAAACAGAUUUUGAUGCUGUUGACCCUGAAACCACUGACUACCUUAUGGCUCUGUUCGAACCUGGUGAUCUCCGCUUUGAGGAAGAGAGGGACCCAAGCAUGGAUCCGUCCAUCGUCGAGACCACCGAAAAGGCCAUCCGCAUUCUGCAGAAGAACCCUAAAGGCUUUUUCCUGUUAGUGGAGGGUGGGCGUAUUGACCAGGCUCACCAUGCUGGCCGGGCCUCCAUGGCACUCCAUGAGACUCUUGCUUUUGACCUUGCUAUUGCCAAGGGCCUUGAACUCACCAAAGAGCAUGAAACUCUCACUGUAGUGAUGGCAGACCACUCUCAACCUCUUACCUUCAAUGGCUACCCGUUUCGUGGACAAAGCAUUCUGGGUAAAUCUCCAUUGUGGGCUGAAGACAUGUUGCCAUUCACCACGCUGAUGUACGGCAACGGACCCGGACACAAAAUCAUUAAUGGCAAACGCCCUGACAUCCGCAAUGUUGACACCAAAACGAAAGACUACAUCCAGCAGGCUGCUGUCCCCGUAGGAUCAACAACCCACAGUGGAGAGGAUGUGGCAGUGCUGGCCCGUGGACCCAUGGCCCACCUGCUCCAGGGUGUCAAUGAGCAAAACUACAUUGCCCACGCCAUGGCCUACGCUGCCUGUGUGGGUGACGACCUAAGGCACUGUGACGGGCAGGCUAUUCGUGCAGCCUUUGGGAAUGACAAGAACAGGGCCAGAGCUAGUGGAAGAGUUACAUUUGCCUCAACAGCUUUGCUCAGUAGCCUCCUUAGUGCUGUGUUGGCUCUCACAGUCCUCAUGUAA